GCCAGGGCAAAGCCGCAGCUUGAUCAGCAUGACACUUGCUCCGCCUUGAGGCCAUGGUCCUAGAAAGUGGCCAUGGCGCAUGAAAUGGGAAGCAGGAAGAAGAGGAUACAACAGUGGAGGCCAAUUGAAGGCUAGGUGGGGAAUUAGUUACCUCAUUCCAUCAGCCACGCAGUUCUACAGCAAAAGCCAUGGGCAAUCAACUUGCCCGGACGACGCAAGUCUCCCCGUCUGACUACUAUCUCCAUGACCUCCCCAACAAUGUCGUGUACAAGGCGACGUUGGGAGGGGGAAGGUUUCUCAAGACUGUGCAGUGCGUUCAUGAUGAGGGGCUCGUUGUGGCGAAAGUCUACUUUAAACGAGGAGACACACCGACGCUGAAGGUUUACGAGCGCCGCCUGGCGGAGAUCCGGCAGAAGCUCGCCGACGUCCCACUGUCGCACGUGUGGCCGUUCCAGCGGUGGGUGGACACCGACAAAGCUGCGUACCUUGUGCGCCAGUACUUCUACAGCAACCUCUACGACCGCAUCAGCACGCGGCCCUUCCUGACGGCCAUCGAGAAGAAGUGGCUCGCCUUUCAGCUGCUCCAUGCGCUCGCGCAGAGCCACGAUAGAGGCGUCUGUCAUGGCGACAUCAAGUGCGAGAACGUUCUGGUCACAAGUUGGGGCUGGGUUUACUUGGCGGACUUCGCAUCUUUCAAACCGACGCACCUGCCGGCCGACAAUCCUGCCGACUUUUCCUUCUUCUUCGACACUGGGGGGCGGCGGCGCUGCUAUAUUGCACCUGAGCGCUUCUUCGAGUCCUCCAAGCCACCCCCCGACGGCGACGCGCCCCUCGCGCCGGCGAUGGACAUCUUCUCGCUGGGCUGCAUCAUCGCGGAGCUCUUCCUGGAGGGCCAGCCGCUCUUCACGCUCUCGCACCUCCUGCAGUACCGUAACGGCCUAUAUGACCCUGCUGCCGCUGUCAAUAAGAUCCAAGACCCCGGCAUCCGCUCCCUUAUCUUGCACAUGAUCCAGCUCGACCCGUCCGCGCGCCUCUCCGCGCGCGAGUACCUCUCCCGCUGCGCCGCGAACACCCUCCCUAGUUACUUCUCUUACCUCCACGACUUUUUCGGACGCCUCGUUCCGCUGGACGCGGAUACUCGCGUUUCCGUUACCCAGGAAAGCUUCCCGGAACUUUGCCGGAAGAUCCUCUCGGAGACGCCCGGAAAGGCGGGGGUUCAGGCUGAUUCGCUGCGGAUUGAGGGGGCCGUAACGCCCCCGGAAAGUGCCCCCGAGAGCGAUGUGAAUAAGGUUCCCGAGUUCUCGCGGUCCAAGUCGCUUCCCGCCGAGCCCCGCCCGCACUCAGCCGCUGUCACGAUUGACACCGGCCAGCUCAUUGCUGACAUCAGCAACAUUCUGGGCUCGCCGAAUAAGGCGCCGGGGGUAAGCCCGGGCUCACCAGGGGCCCCCCCGAAAGAAAGAUCAAACGGUGCCGACCCUGGGAAAGGGAGCCCUCGGCAACUGUGGCCCCGGAGCGUGUCGUUAGGGGGGGCACAGGGCGGACGAAACUUACAGAAUGGGGGGUCAGGACCAGCGGGGCAGAGGAGGGGGGUGACGGGGCCUGCUGCGUCGAUCAUGGGGAGAGACGGGGCGUUUAUAGUGGAUGAGCGUCCGGAGGGGGGGAGUUCUGGAGGGAAUACCGAAGGGGGGGAUCUGGCGGCGAGCAGGCUGAAGGUGACUGCUGCGGACGCGCAGAGAGCGGCGGCGCUGGCGAUUGGUGAAGUAGUCACGGAAGAGGUCCUCGAAACCCAGGUUCGCGACGGCCCUGACGGCUCUUUCGCUGAGCGGCCGAUCUUCGCCGGCGGAGUCGCGUGCGGUCGCCGGAAGGAAGAGAUCACCCUGCCAAAAGAAGGCAACUGGACUUGGGAAGGCGACUGGGCGGUCGAUGUCGGGGGCGCGGUCGACGGCGAAGGCUGGCAAUACCGGUCCGACAACCGGAGCGGAAACGGAAAGGAGGCCCGAUCGUCGCCCCUGGGAAGACGAUCGAGCGGCGCAGACGAGGUUUCGGAACGGAAUCCGCCAGGGGAAACGGAGAGUAACGGAGCGGGCCUGGUCCGGGCCCCGAGCGGCGACCAAGAGAAGCGGCGCCAGUCUGCUUGGUCGCCACUCUGCACCUCGGACGCGCUCAGGCGGCGGCGGCGGUGGGUCCGAAAGCGCCGGAGGCGGCCCUCGUUUCCGGUACUUCUGGAAGACACCCCGCUAGUUGUCGAAUGCCCCCCCAUGGACCCCCCCGAAACGGUAACGAUCUCCGAGGGCAUGGUUCUGAUCGCCGCCCUGCUCUGCGCAUGCGUCCGAUCCGUGAAACUGGCGCAGGGCCGCCGGACCGCGCUCUCGCUCUUGAAAGACACCGCGAUGCACUGUGACGACGACGCGAGACUCCAGAGGAUCGUUCCCGUCGUCGCCGGUCUAGUUCACGACCCAAGCGCGGCCGUCCGGUGCGCGGCGGUGUACGCCCUCUCGGACGUCCUCUCCGUGGUCCGAAGCUUCCCGCUCUCGGACGGUCAGAUCUUCCCGGAGUACAUCUUCCCCAGCCUAUCGAUGCUCCCACGCGACCAGGAGGAAAGCGUACGGAUCGCGUAUGCGGACAGCAUCGCCAAACUCGCGUCCGCAGCCCAGCGCUUCCUCGCGUGCUCCCAGCACAUGACCAACGAGGUUACCGCCGCGGUUACCCCGAGACCCGCCUCCAAAACCCCGCGCCCCCCCCGUCCAAAUGCAGCGAAACCCACCCCCCCGGGGCACGCUCUCCAUUUCGAAACCGAGCUGACCAACCUCCGGGAAGCCGUGGCACGCGUGAUCCAAGAACUCGUCACCGGGCCGAAAAGCACGUCGGCCGUCCGCGCCGCGAUCUUGCGCCACGUGUCCCCCCUCUGCACGUUCUUCGGCCGACGCGGCAGCCACGACUUCCUCCUCCCGCUCCUCAUCACCUUCCUAAACGACCGUGACGAUCGGUUACGGGCCGCGUUCUUCGAGCAAGCCGCGUCGUCCGGCGCACGCACGUGGGGGGGCGACGCGCACCUGGUCAAUAAGCCGUCCCCCGUGGCGAGCGCUUACAUGCUCGAGGACCGGGGGCUGGGCCGUGCGAGUUUGGAGGCGUUUCUGCUGCCGUGCAUCGAGCAGGCUCUGAACGAUACCGAGGAAACGGUGCUCGCGGCGGCGCUGGGCUGUCUUACCGCGCUGACGGUGCGCGGGCUCCUGCGGAAGAAAGUGAUGCUGGAGGCGACCGAGUGGACCGCGCCGCUGCUGUGCCACCCGGCGAGAUGGGUGCAACGUGCGGCGGUCGCCUUCAUCGCCACGGUUGCCGCCAGCCUGCCCCCCGCCGAUGUCCACGCAUUCCUGGCACCGACAAUUGCGCCGUCCCUCAAGAAGGAGCCCCUCAGUCUCUCCAGCGAACCCGCCCUUCUGGCCGCCCUCAAAACGCCCUUGCCCCGGGCACUUUUCGACAUGGCCCUUAGUAACGCCAUGCUGUCUGCGUCCCAAGCCUUUGGAACCACCCGGGGGAUCUCCCCGGGAGGUGGACGCAGGCCGGACGCCCGGUUUCCGGCCGCUCGGGAGAGUGGUCCGGCCAGGCGGAACCCGCCGAGGCCGGAAUAUCCCACCGGCGGAAUGCGUAGGAAUCCUGGAAAGGCCCUGUCGGACGACAGGUUGCAGUCUGGCGCGGAGGCGCCAACGUCCGGAAGAGGGCCUUCUGAUGGAAAAGCGGGCGGAGGGGAUUCGAGCAGCGCCCACGUGAUCGAGCAGUGGCAGGCCGUGCGGAACCAGGAAGGGGGGGGUCCGGAGCCGGGCGUUUCCGGGGGGGGGAUCGACGAAGAUAACCAGAAGCUGCGGUUCAUGGAAGGGUACAUUAAGAACUCGUCGAGCAUCAUGCAGCAGCGAAUGAGAAACUGGGAGAGCGAGAAUCAGGAGAAAUUGCAAGGGGGCGAGGGGCGCGGAGGUGGCGGGGAAAGCGAGGGCGGGUUUGGGGCUGCAAACGGGGGCCUGGAGGCGCAAGCGGGGAUUCCGGUGUACAGCGUUCCGCUCCUCGACCGGCGGCCGGGGUCUCGGUCGAGCUCGCCCCCUCCGGCCGACCCGCAGGGUCCUCGCACCGUCCCCGUGAACGCCGACUGGGGCCUCGUCUUUGGCGUCCGGGGCAGUUCCCCGACCGCCUCCAUCGCACACUACCACAAAAACCCGCAGACCCCGAACUUUCCCCCAAACAGCGAUGCUAGCUGGGCUUCGAUGGCGACCGCGCACUCGUCGAUGCGCGCCUCGCAACACCUGCAGCGGUCAGCGAUCGUGGCGGGACAGGCGCCGCCGUUUGGGGGUGUGCCGCAUCCAGGGUACGGAGAGGGGGGGCCCGUUCAGACCGCCCGCGCUCCACCUUUCCCCUCCCCCGACCAGCCGUCAAAAAUUGCCCCCCCGGCCACCAAACCCGACGCUGAUAGUUCCGACCCGCUGUCUUCCCUCCUCGACUUCUCCCAGCCGUCCGAUGGCGCCACGUGGCGCCCCAAGGGCGUCCUGAUUUCACAUCUGCAGGAGCACACAAAGGCGAUCAAUCAAUUGGCGGUCGCCCGAGAUAACGUUUUCUUUGCGAGCGGGUCGGAUGACGGGACCGUUCGCAUCUGGGACUGUCGGAGGCUGGAGCGUGACGUGUCAUUCCGGAGUAAGCUGACGUAUGAUACGGGUGGGGGGAGAGUUACUGGGGUGGAGAUGCUGGACGGGUAUGACGUGGCGGCGGCAACAAGCGGGGGCAGCAUCCACGUGGCAAGAGUCGACUACAUGCCCAAGCGCCCCGGCACCGAGCGCGAGCGCGCCACGUACGCAGGCUUCGCGGACGUCCGAAAGGUCUCUCCCGACGAGGGGUCCGUCAUCUCACUCCACCGCUUCGACCCAGAAAACGGAACCGGCGACCCCGCACGUCUAGUUUUCAGCACGCAGCGGGGGGGCAUUCACCUGUGGGACUUGCGAGUGGGUAAGGCGGCGUGGGUGAUGAGAGGGGACGCGAAGCACGGACUGCUCACGGCAACGGCCCUGGACGAGACACGUGGCCAGUGGAUGGUCAGCGCGACAGCCCGCGGAGUGCUCACGUUAUGGGACCUCCGCUUCCAAAUCCCGGUGCACUCGUGGCAGCAUCCGCUGGCGUGCCCCAUCGAAGCCCUCGCCCCAGUCCUCCCCGGGUUUGCUCCCCAAAUCCUAAACCCCGACGAAACCCAAACCCGCCCAAACCCCUCCGUGCGCCCACUUAUAUACGUCGCCGCCGGCCAGAACGAAGUCUCGCUGUGGAACGCGGAGGACAAGUCGUGCUGCCACGUGUUCAGGGUGCCCCAGGAGGGACACGUGUCGGCACCUCCUGCGGCGCUGGCCGCCCCCCAAGGGAAUCUGAAGCUUCCGGGGGGUAACAGGAGGGCAGCCGUGCAGCCCCCCCGGCCGAUGAGUGUGGCGUCGCUUUUCUGCGUGGAGGAGCUACGGGUGCCUCCGCUAAGGUUACCUGGCGCGCGCGCGCUGCUCCCUCUGUUUGGCGGCUCGGCCCUUCUCACUGCCGGCACCGACUGCCGCAUCCGUCACUGGGACCGCAUCCACGCCGACGGAAACUUCAUCGUUGCGGGACCAACUCUCCGAUCGAACGGUCAGCAGCUGCCGCAGCCCCGGGUCGAGACACGUGUCAUCUCAGGCGUCCGAGUCACGCAAGAGCUGCCGCAGCCAGUGGAAGAAAAAAGUGCGGCGGCCGGGUCCCCAGAAGCUGCGCCCAGCGGUAAAACAAGUGGGCAGAACCCGAACGUUCUGACGGCUGCCGCCGUAGCGGACAGUGCGGGGUGUCAUAGGGACGCCAUUUUGGCGCUGGCUGGGGCGCAAACCAGCCAGAAGAUUCUUAUCUCUGCCAGCAGGGACGGCGUGAUCAAGGUAUGGAAGUAAGCAAGACGGGUGACAGGUUUAUUAUAUGCACGGCGAUACUUUCACAUGUACAAAAUAUGAACACGAGUCGCUCUGCAUUCGUACGUUGACAGGGCAAGAAUGUUGUGGCAAGGUUUUGUCUCUUGCCGCCUUGCUCUUUGUCCUUCGAAGGUCCAAGAUUCUCGUGAAUGUCGGC